AUGCCACUGCCAUUCUUUAUGCAAAGAGCUGUAAUUUCUGCCAUAGGUCCGACUAUUGCUAACAUGAUGGGCAGUCUUUCUCUCCCUCUGUCACUCCCAGCUGGCAGGCAUACAUGUCUCGCCAGUCGUGUCUUUGAUACCUUUAAGACAGCUGUGCUAGUCGAGGACUCAGAUAACCCAAUGUGUUUUGACUCUUGCCCCAACAUUUCGGACAAAGCUGCUAGUCAUGGUGGCCUGCCAGGAUUGGGUGAUACAUCCCCCUUUCAAAUGUUGCCUCACUUUCUGCCGUCGACUUUACAAAUAUCCUCAGGCUCAUCAUCUGUAUCAUUGCUCACUUCAACAUCAUUGCUCUCAUCAUCUGUAUCAUCACUCGCCUCAAUGUCUUCCCUUCCAUCUUCAUCGAGCCCUUCACUUCCAUCUUCAUCAGCCUUGUGUUGGUCACAACUUUUGUUGCCACAACCCUACCAAGGUAUUCCAGUCAGGGACUCCACCCUGCUUCAAGCACUUCUUGAAGAUGCCAAGGCAGUUGUUACUGAGUGGCAACAGAAUAUUAUCAACUGCUUGUGGAGUCCUGCAUUACCUGAUGGACGGGAUAUUUCCUUCUUUGUCCCCUCAAAAACCUGA